CUGCCUCCAGGCCCUCUGCAGCGUCUGCGUGGAAUGCAGCUCCUCCCGCGCGGCCAUAGCAGCUAGCGGCUUGCUUGCUGCUUCCCCUAUAAUACUUAGUAUACGCACAGCAGCACUAGAACCAAUGCAACAUCCGUUCCGUUCCAUCCAUCUCUCUCUUCGAUGAUGACUCUGCCGACGAGCCCUGGUGCUGCAAGUGCGGUCGACGACGACAUGCCCAUGCCCGUGCGCUCGCCCAAGCUGCUCAGGACCAACUCGUCCAAGAAGGUGGCGGCGGCCAGCAACCUGGAGCGGGCGCUGCUCAGCUUCAAGUCCUGGGAGGCCACCAAGCCCCCCGCCGUUCCGCCGUCGCCCGUGGUGCGCCGCAUCCACGGCGCCCGGCCUGGACGGCUGGCCCUCAGCAGCCCGACACCGGCGACGGAAAGGGACGAUGGUGCCGACGACACCGCCGUCCUGCGUUCCCCGCUCCACGACGCCGCCGCCACCCGGGUGCAGAAGAUGUUCAAGGGCCACCGCACGCGCCGCACCCUGGCCGACUGCGCCAUCGUCAUCGAGGAGCUGUGGUGGAAGCUCUGCGACUCCGCCUCGCUCGACCGCACCUCCAUCUCCUUCUUCGCCGCCACCGCCGGCGGGGGCAAGCAGGAGACGGCGGCGUCGCGAUGGGUCAGGGCCGGCAAGCGCAUCGCCAAGGUCGGCAAGGGACUCUCCAAGGACGAAAAGGCGCAGAAGCUCGCGCUACGCCAUUGGCUGGAAGCGAUCGACCCGCGGCAUCGGUACGGCCACAACCUGCACCUGUACUACGACAUGUGGUUCCAGAGCUCCAGCACGGAGCCCUUCUUCUACUGGCUAGACAUCGGAGGCGGGAGGGAGAUCCAUCACCCCAGCUGCCCCAGGAGCAAGCUCAACGCGCAGCUCGUCAUGUACCUGGGAAUGGCCGAGCGGGCGGCGUACCAGGUGGUGGUGGCGGACGGGAGGCUCACGUACCUGCACACCGGGCUGCCCGUCCACACCACCGACGACUCCAAAUGGAUCUUCGUGCUCAGCACCACCAGGUCCCUCUACGUCGGGCAGAAGCGCAAGGGCCAGUUCCAGCACUCAAGCUUCCUCGCCGGCGGAGCCACGUCAGCCGCGGGCAGGCUAGUCGCCAAGGACGGCGUCCUCAAGGCCAUCUGGCCCUACAGCGGCCACUACCUCCCCACCGAGGAGAACUUCAACGAGUUCAUCGCCUUCCUGCGGGACAACAACGUCGACCUCACCGACGUCAAGAGGUGCUCGGUGGACGACGACGAAUGCCCGUUGUCGAAGCCAGCAGCAGGCGCCGUGGUGGCCAAGUGGACGAGCGGCGCCGGCGCGCGCAUCGGCUGCGUCCGGGACUACCCGGCGGAACUGCAGAGCCGGGCGCUGGAGCAGGUCAACCUGUCGCCGCGGGUGCAGCACACGGGCGCGCCGCCGCUCAAGCAGCAACAAGGCCGCCAGGCGUCACAUUCAGAUGGCAGUAGAUAGCCACUCCGAUUCCUCCAUUUGCUCUGUAACCUGACCUCAAACAACUGCACAGCAAAGACUGGGUUUUUGUUCCUUGUGUGAGCUGAGCUCAACUUUGACAGAAAGAAACCUCAAAUCACUGACGACCGUGUCCCGUCAAAAACAGAAACAUGCACGCGUCUUCACGCAGCAGCAUUCAGAUGGAAUGGAACUGGUUGGUCACCAGCA